AUGUCAACGCCGACGAUUGAAGUGUUGGGUAUAUCCACUGCGGCCGCGGAGGAACACGAUGUGCUUUCCAACCUAGAAGACAAGUCCGCUCCUCAUCCGCGGUUGCGGCUCCAUGGACGCAUUACGGUUUUCGACCAAGAUGGUUCUUUCGACACGGUCAAUAUACGAUUGCGAGGAGCAAUCAGGACAAGAAUCGGUGCUCAGUUGUCUGUCGAAAAGCUCCCAAUCUCCACCGAACUCCGAUCCAACCUCGACUUCAAGCCGGUCUAUUCUGCAUCCCAGCAACAGACCGACGAACAACAUCUCGACUUCAUUUGUCCUGUUCCUUCCACAAGUGAGCGAUGUAAAUCUUCUCAUGAGGAGAGGAGCCUCAACACGCGGCACAGAACAUCUACCCAAGGUGAAGGGCUCGACGCAAUUCUCCCUUCCAUGACAAUCACCGGGUCUACAUACAUCACGCGCGUCACGGCUCUGAAAGACAGACAUCUCGUGCAUGGGUCGUGCGACGUUCUCUACUGGCUCGAAGCCCUGUUCUUACGCUGUGGCUCGCGCGAAGUCGUUCGAAAAUUGAGCUGUCCUGUGGACAUCUCUUCGCUGGCCAUGCCGAUGGAGGUCGAAGUAUCUCCUCCACUGUCUUCGCCUUCGUCUGCGUCAUCCAAUAAGUCGCACGAAACAGACCGCGUCGAACAACUAGCCAAGCCGUACUCAGGACGACCUAUCAACAGAUUCUUCCAUUCCCAGGCCCAUCCGGAAUUAUCCGUCCAUAUGCCCAAACGGCUGGGAUAUCUGAUCUCCGACUCCUCUAGCAUGGCUACUGGAUGUCGUCGCCUAUCGAUCCCCGUUGCCGUUGAUGUCGUUCUACCCUCUCCGUCGCGGUCUACCCAGCAACUACAGGCCCGAGAAUCAACACAGACACAAGCGCAAACGGGGAUCAAGUGUCUAAAGUGUUCAGUCAAAGCGAAAUGGUUUACGCGCAAGGUCUUCACAACGGGACCGUCAGCUGUUGAAACCGCCGUUCACAGCACGACGGUCUCAAUCCAGGACUUGUCGGUCACUUUGCCGCCUCUGUAUACCAACACACCUGGUUCUGAUUUAUCAUCCCACAACUCAAUCCCGUCCUCGAUAUCCACGAACUACACGACGUCAAUGGAUAUCGAUCUCCUCCUACCCGAAUCCGUCACUAGCCCUUCAGUCUCUUCCGAGCUCUUGGACAUCAGCUACACCCUCGACCUGUCCAUGAAGUUUGAGUCGGAGGAAAUGCUCAAGGGUCCGUUCAUGGCGAAUUUUCGCCUGCCGGUGACAUUGCGAGCGGCCGAACCAUACUCCGUGAUUGGUCGACACUGUCUCGAUCCGCUGCUGGGGUAUAUUGAGGAGAAUGCGGAAGAGCUGCUUUAUGCCCCGCCUCCGUAUAUGCCUUGA